GGUGCCCAACAACUUACCCACAGUGCCAGCAGGUGAAAGAGGAAAAAAGGACUAAAAUGCAUCAGACUAUGUAACUCUACUGCUGCGCAUGGCUUUAUUUAAAAGAUGCAAAAUGGGAAAAGAGGUCCAUUUGCACAGAAUUUGGAGGUGGGAGAGGUCUCUACACCCCGACACGGCCAAGUGUGGUGACACCUCGGUGACAUACACAGGGCUUCUUUUUGGAAUGAGUUGAUUUUGUCCCCGUAUUCACACAAAGACUGAAGGCGGGGAUCUCCAAAGAUCCAGGGGACUCUGCUUGGCUAUUUGAGCUAUUUUACUUGUAAAGGCAAGGCUAGACAUCAUUUUUUUAAAAACUUUUUAAGCAAGAAAAAAUUUAAUCCAGCUGGACUUUUGUUUGAUGUUAAGCAGCUUCUUGCAACUGGUUUAAAAGUGAAUUUGUUUGUUUAGUUGUUUUCCCCUGCUGACUUAGUUUGAAACGCUGGAACUGUCCCUCCUGCCGCCAUCCUCAGUUUCUUCCACCCACCCAGUGCCUAAAUAAGCCCUUGUGGAACAAUCACAGAAGUCAUCAGCAGCUGCCGCGCUCAAUCCUCUGCCUGUUCUCCUAUGCGCUUCUGCUCUCGGCCUGCUGGCUAUCCACCCACUACCUCUUUAAUUUUUUUCCUGGUCUUAUUUUCUUUUUAUAUUAAUUUUCUCUGAGAGGCAUAAUCAGAAUUCAAUCACAGUGACUAGCAUUAAUGUAAACACUGAGUUUCAGGAGUGGAGAGAGACCUAGAUUGCUCCACUUUAAGUCCGUGUGAGAGUGUCUGUGCUUUUGUGUACAUACACAGCAGCAUUACGGUUGCACUGGUGCCAGGGAGCAGCUUAAGAUUAGAUUUAUUUAUAUUGUCGCACCAAAUACAGUUACAUUAAAGCCAUACAAAAAUAUUUAUGAAUUACCUACGCAUAUUUUUGUACCACAUUGCUCUUGUGUAGUUGUGCUUUUAUAAACCUCUAUUAAGAUUAUGCACUCAAAUUAAAUAUUUACAACAAGGUGAACACAUGCAAGUAGAGUUGUAUAUUGUUAAAUAAAAAUAACCCCUCUUUUUUUCAGUGAUUGUAUUAGUGCUGAGAGACAUUUAGUGUCUGGACACAGAGAAUUCCUCAUGUUUGCAUAGAGUUUGUUUUAUUUUCCAGUCUGUAGUUAUGGCCUCUCCUCCCAAGCAAACACCAUAUUUGCCAUUUUGACCAGUAAAGCAUCCUUUACAGUGGGUAGACAGUAGAUAUCUACCUCUCUCUGUCUUCCUCCCCUGUCUUUUUUUUCUGAUGCCGGGCUUCAGUAGUGGGGGGGUUGGGGGAGGAGUAGGUGUCCCUGCUACUGCUCCUCCCCGUCCGUUUCGACCCAGCCGAUAUGUCCCGGUGUCUGCAGCCACCACCUUUCUUGUCGGAUCCACCACGCUCUUCUUCUGCUUCACGUGUCCGUGGUUGUCAGAGUAUUUUUCCUUUGUCAUUCCCAUCUACGUUGCUGUGAUCUUCCUCUUCACCCUUGCCAACUUCUGCAUGGCAACUUUCAUGGACCCCGGAGUCUUCCCCAGAGCGGAGGAGGAUGAGGAUAAAGAGGACGAUUUCCGAGCUCCUUAUAAGACAGUGGAGAUCAAAGGCAUCCAGGUGCGCAUGAAGUGGUGCUCAACCUGCCGCUUCUACCGCCCGCCGCGCUGCUCUCACUGCUCAGUCUGUGACAACUGUGUGGAGGAUUUCGACCACCACUGUCCUUGGGUGAACAACUGCAUUGGUCGGAGGAAUUAUCGCCAUUUCUUCCUCUUCCUGCUGUCACUCACCACCCACAUCAUGAACGUAUUUGGCUUUGGCUUGGUUUAUGUGCUGCACCACCGCCAGCAGCUGGACACACCACAUGCUGCUGUUACUAUGGCUGUAAUGUGUGUGGCUGGUCUGUUUUUUGUCCCUGUCGCUGGCCUCACUGGGUUCCACAUAGUGUUAGUGGCACGCGGCAGGACCACAAAUGAACAGGUGACAGGGAAGUUUCGGGGAGGCGUUAACCCUUUCACCAAUGGCUGCUUGAGGAAUAUUUCACAUGUGCUUUGCAGUUCGCAGGCCCCCAGAUACAUGGGCCGGUGGCGGAGCCCUCAGGCAGUGGAAGUACAGCCACCAUUUCUGAGACCGCCUCUCACUGAGGCCCAGCUAGAAGCCAAAGUCCUGGACAAUGGGAUCCAGAAUGACCGACACAGCACCAGGUCCAAGAGCAGUCUAGAUCAGAUGGAGAGCCAGUCAGCUGAUGCAGAGCCUCCACCUCCUCCAAAGCCAGAACUUCGUUACCCUGGCCUGCCCCGUGCUGACACAGAGGAGAGCAGCUUGUUGACUGAAGCUCCAACUACACCGUCAAUGUACAAGUACCGACCAGCCUACAGCAGCCCAGGAAGGAACCACACAGCCCUCACACACCCCAACAAGAUGAUCCGCGGGGAGAGUCUUGACUCUCCAUCUCCCUCCAUCCUCCAGUCCAGCCACCAGCCUAGCUACCGUUCGGAGCCGAGCAGCCUGGAUGGGGCCACUGUGGUGGGGGGAGGUGUAGGGGCGCGCAGAGGGGGAGGGGAGAGGGGUGAGGGCCCCGGAGGCCCUGGCGGGACUGCUGGGGGGAUAUCAGGGGGCAUGUCAGGUUACUCCCUGACUGGGCGUUCCUACACCUCCUACCCAUCCUCUCUGGUCCUGUCUACUGGUGGCUCCCGCUCCUCCAGCCUGCGCUCAGCGCAGACGGCACAUAAUCCGCUGGCGACGCUCCACUCAGAAGGGACCACAGACACCAGCUACAAAAGCCUGGCAAAUCAGACGCCUCGGAAUGGCAGCCUGUCCUAUGACAGCCUGCUGACGCCAUCCGAGAGCCCAGAGUUCGAGUCAGCGGCCCACGAGCUGUCGCCACAGAAGCCUCAUGCUCCGUUUCCCUCAGCGACUAUAACAGGCCAGCCUGAGGUGGUGUCACCCAGUACCCGGCUGCAGGGCUACACGUCGCCCUUCCUCUCAGCUCAGUUUGCCCAGCAGAGGGAGGGGCAGCUGCUCCAGGGCUCUGUCACUUUCUCCUCCCCCCACAGGGCUUACCUGCGUGCCGUCAGCCCGCCCCCUCCCGCCUCCUCUGGGCUUCCUGAGAUCCAGCACCUGCUCCAGCAUAACCAGGACUCCUCUUCCCGAGCCUCUCGUAACCCUUCCUCCUCAUCCUCUUCCCCUGGGGCUCGCUCACUAGAGCCCCCUGUCUCCCCGCCACCUCGCGGCCUCUCCCUCGGCAAGUCCCAGUCAUACAUUGGGGAGGCAAGGCCUCAGCACAAGACUCGGCCCACAGGAGGUGGCACUGUGCUGGGAGGGGGAGCAGCUGGAGGAGGGCAACAGGCUCCACAAUCAACCUCUCGCCCAGUGUUGGCCAAUCACACCACAUCCAAACCAGCCGGCGGGGUGAAGAAGGUGACUGGCGUCGGAGGGACCACUUACGAGAUAUCAGUUUGAGUGAUGGACAGCCUUCAUGGUCUAUCACGAGGAGUGGGGAAAAAGUCACUGGACUACUUCCACUUGUCUCUUACCUGAGCUGGAUAUUAUUCAUGACCGCAGGCCCCUGAAACAUGACUGUUCUCCGCAGCAACGGACUAAAGGAGCCGGCCUAUCUGGUACUCACUUUGUUAUCUUUGUAAAGCCACUGGCCAUUCUUCUCUGCUAGCCUUUCAGAUUUCAACAAAGAGUUAAAAGGAGACACUGGUUAAUUUUUCACAGGAACAGUUUGUCUCCAUUUAGCCUCUUUGUGAGCCAUAGACUGAUGUAACUGUAUGAUCACCGCUGGGUACAGAUAUGUCUAUAGAUCAUGCAUAGCAAUUUAAUGAUUUGCUGUUUUACUUUGGUACAUUAGCACACAGAGUAUUGACCACAGUGUCCAACACUUAAGGAAAGGAUGGCCUUUAUCCAGUGGAUGUAGAAUUUUCAGAGGGAGGAUUUAGGACUGUUGACCAAUAGAAACGUUUUCUCCUCUGUCUGCAUGGACCACACAACUUGUUUAUCAAUGAGAGUCAUGGAGAGAAGAGUCCAACCUGUAAACACGGUGUCAUUUUAGUUUUAUAAAUCUUUUUUUUAAAUAUUGUUUUAUACCAAUGUAUAAAAUCUUGCAGAUUAUUAUUGAAUCAAAUUGUCAGGUAUUGAAGAUGACUAUUGAUAACGGUGGCAGAUGGACUGUUUGUAAUUAUUCAUGAAAGCGAUUUCAAAUGAGUUGCCUGUUUAUAUUUAAUGGCUGCAUCAGCCUCUCGUGAGCUCUUGCUGGAUUUGACAUCGUCCAAAGAGAAGGAUGAUCCUUUGGUGGACCGCUGAAGUGGCAAAUAAUUGAGCUUAAUUUUUAUUUUAUUUUUAUUUUUUUGGAAAGCCACAAAGAAAUUCUGAAUCACAACUGCAGCACAAGCAUCUUUGUGGAAUGUACGCUUGUAAUGUUUAUGCUAGAGACAUUAUGCAAAAUCUGUUGGUAGCUUUAAGGUCAAUGUAUGUCUUUUUGGUGUUUUCUUUUUUUCUUUUCAGUCAAUCCAGAUGCGAGCAGAAUCCUUGUACCUUUAACUGAUGGCCAGACAAAUAGGGGCAGUGAGGGAAGGGCUUAUUUAUUUCACUAGACAAGAUAACCAUGUAGUUUUGGACAAAAUUUUAAACCAGUCUCUACCGGUUUGUUCUUGUUCUUUUAUGAAAAAAAACAACAACAUGAAAUUGUAAAUGCAAUACGCCACUGAAUAGAUUUUUAAGGAGAGGCUGGUUUGCAAUUGGAUACUUUUUUUUGCCUUGAGACCAUUCAUAGUCAACUGCAUUUAAAUUUUUUCUAUUGGGUUUUUAUUUUUUACACUGAGGGGAAGAAAUGUAAGGCAUAUUACAGUUUUUGAUUAACUUGCUCAUUAAAAAAAACUUCUGUCAAAGUACAAUUUUUUUUUUUUGUACACAGCCAUGUUGAAAAAGGAGUAAUUAGGGGAAGGGAGGUGUAUGCGAGUUUUUCUUUCACGAUGGGGCAUUACAGUAGAGGUUUUAUUUAUUUGAUUAUUUUUCUAUCAAGGCCCACAGCGGUGUUUGCAGUAGAAUGUCAAAGCUGGCUGAAUGUAGCGUGUCUUUUGUGGAAAGUACACGCUUGAAGCACACAAGUAUCAUUGUUCAACCCAAGCGACUAUGUUACGAGUUUUCAACCCUCCCAGGCUAUGUCUUUGGUGUGCAUGUGGAUUUUUGUUUUCGUGCCGAAUGCUUCACUGGCGUGUGUACUUGUGAGAAUACUGUCAAAUGCCCACCCGGUUCAUGAGUGGGUAGUAACAAGAAAAGAAGCAUCAUUAAUGGCACAAGCAGCCUGCCAAGGAUGUUGGCCACUGAACAAUUUUACUAUGUGAGUAUAGUAGGUAUACUUCUUUGGGAGAUAAAACAUCGCCAUUGUGGGCUAUGAUGAAUGGAACGAGUUUCACGAAUAUCUGUAACGAGUACAUUAAAGACAUUUCCAAAAUGGCCUUAUAAAGAAUUUUUAAAAAGAUGUCUUCUCAGAAUAAAAAGGUCAAAC